GAACAUUAUUUCAGAAUCGAUGCUGCCGUGACAGCGACCGAGCACACACAUAUUGAAACUCGCACAAUUUUUUUUAUUACACUCAAAAACGCGUUUACUGCAGAGAAGAAAAAAAAACACAACUCCAAAACAUACAACAACAUAACUUGUUUACUCGAGAAAUAAAAGGGAAAAUAGAGAGAACAAAAGUGUGAAACACAAUGAAAGCGUAUUUUUGCUCCGAAUAGUCAAGAGAAAACAAAAGAAAAGAGUGUCUCGUGAAAUUUCGUUUCUAUUGCCAUAUUUUAUGAAAUGAAUUCAAAUAAUGUACAUUUUUAUCCGAUUUUAGUGACAAAUUAUUUGUGAAAAAUUGCGUUCUUUUGAACAUGUGUGAGCACGGUGACUAAGAUUUAAAGUACAAAGAUAAAAAUGCAUACAAUAGAUCGAUUUUUGACCAAAGUGCAUGUAGUACAAUAAAAUUUUGAUAUAUAAUUACUAUAUCGAUUCGAAAUCGAAACUGUUUUUUUUUUUGUUGUUGUUGUUGUUCAUUUGAAAACAAAUGAAAAUACAGAAAUAUGGUUUUCGAUUCCAUAAAAAAAUUAGUGCAUUACUUUAUAAAUAGUAAGGAAAAUAAAACAACUGCAGUAGAAACAACGAUGAGCACAGCGAUAGUGCCGAAUCCUGAAGAGCAGAGCCUGCAGAGCCUGUACACAAUCGUUGAAAAUUGUUUGAAGGACAAUGUCUUUUGGACAUUUGGUGCGACAAUUGUUGUGGUUCUGAUUGCAACUGUGAUUAUUAUUUGGCAAAGAUGGUUCAAUAGAGAACGCCAACGAAACUUAUUUGAUAACAUGCAAUUUAACAACAAUCGUUUACGCUUUCGUAAGCGUGACAAAAUGCUUUUUUAUGGGCGACGCAUGUUGCGCAAAGUAAAAACACUGUCGGGUCAAGCAUACAAUGGACAAGGGCGCAAACGACGAGCGGUUGUUCGCUUUGCUAAACGUAUUUUGAAUAUUAAGCGCGACGAUAAUUUACCCAUGUUGUUGAAAACAGUUGAACCGCCAAAUGAAUAUUUGGAAGAAAUGGUCGAUGGCAGCGACAAAGUGCCACCGGACGCAUUUUGCAUGUUACAAGGUAUUCGGAUUUUUGGACACUUUGAAAAGCCAAUCUUUUUGAAAUUGUGCAAAUUCACCGAAAUUAUCACCCUCGACACAAACGAUUUACUAUUUAAAAUUGGUGAUAUUGAUGACAGUGUAUUUAUAAUUCAAUCGGGAAAAUUGAAUGUUUUAAUAAACAAUUCGGAUGGAACGACAUUAUCAUUAAAACAUGUAAAACGUGGUGAAUCGGUUACAUCUCUGCUUAGUUUCAUCGAUGUUCUUGCGGGCAAUGAAAGUGUAUAUAAAUCGGUGACUGCAAAAGCACUCGAACCAUCUCAAGUGAUUCGAUUGCCGAUGAAAGCAUUGAAAGAAGUUUUCGAUGAAAAUCCAGAUAUUUUAGUUCGGGUUAUACAAAUUAUAAUGAUUCGUUUGCAACGAGUCAUUUUUACUGCGUUGCGCAACUACUUAGGCCUAUAUUCAGAACUGGUGCAACACAAACCCCACAAAGAUAAACGCCCACAACAACAACAGCAGCCGCCGCCGCCGCCGUCAUCGCAGCAGCAGCAACAAAAUCAACAAAAUUUAAAGAAUUCACCCACACAUUACAAACCGCGGCAGUCAUUCGAUAUUAAUUCAUACGCACAUACACUCUCCGUGGAGCCCAAUGACUUUGUUCGACCGGAUAUGUUGAACGAUUUAUCAGAGGUACCACAUCAAAAGCAUAGCCGACGAUUUUCGAUAGCCUUUGAUCGUGAGAUGGAAGCACAUACGGUGCUUCAAAUGGCUGUAGAUGGUUUCAUAAAAGAAUUAGGCUUAAAAGAUAGUGAUCGUCAUUUACUCGAAAGUCACAUUGAAUAUCGUGACGCCGAACCGGGAAUCACAUUACUCCGAGAAAAUUGUCAAGAUGACGUUUGUCUUCUGUUGGUUUUGAGCGGCAGUGUAUCUGUUUUGCAAGAGCACAUCGGUUUCCCUGGCAGUAAAAAUGCUAGCAAGGAGGUACAUUCAUACAAUUCAUAUGCUGGAGAUAUGAUCGGUGGGUUAUCGGUGUUAACGGCUGAAACGUGUCAGUACACCGUUCGUGCUAGACACCAUACCAAAGUUGCCAUUUUAAGUAGAACUUCUGUUUACAAUUUGAUGCGUGAACGGCCUUGGACGGUUGUGUAUAUCGCAAAUACCGUUGUACGUAAACUAUCCCCGUUGGUUAGACAAUGUGAUUAUGCGCUCGAUUGGAUAUUUAUGGAAUCGGGCCGUGCGGUUUAUCGGCAAGACGAAAACAGUGAUUCAACAUAUAUCGUACUUAGUGGCCGUUUGCGAUCGGUUGUAACACAAACAAAUGGUAAAAAAGAAAUCGUCGGUGAAUACGGUAAAGGUGAUAUGGUUGGUAUUGUGGAAAUGAUAACAGAAACAAGUCGAACAACAACUGUAAUGGCUGUCCGAGACUCCGAAUUGGCACGUUUACCCGAAGGCCUUUUCAAUAUUAUCAAAUUCAAGUAUCCAGCUGUGGUUACGAAAUUAAUUAGUUUGCUAAGCCACAGAAUUUUGGGUUCAAUGCAGUCAAAACCUGGAUCAACGCCAUUAGAAGCAAAUCCGAUAACGCAUAAGUUCUCAACGGUGGCAUUGGUGCCACUUAGCGACGAUGUGCCGUUGAGUGCAUUUGCAUAUGAAAUUUAUCAUUCACUAUGUGCCAUAGGUCCAACGUUGCGUCUCACAUCAGACGACGUGCACAAAGCGCUUGGACCCGGAAUUUUAGAAGCGCACUACGAAUAUCGUUUAACGAGUUGGCUGGCACAACAAGAGGAUCGAAAUACUCUGACACUGUACCAAAACGAUUAUGCAUUAAACGAAUGGACGCAACGUUGUUUGCGACAGGCUGAUGUUAUUAUUUUAGUCGGACUUGGCGAUCGAACGCCAACCGUUGGUAAAUUUGAAAAAGAAGUCGACAAAUGGGCGCCAAGAACACAAAAAGAAUUAGUUUUAUUGCAUCGUGAAUCAAUUAAACGGCCGGUGAAUACAUUACAAUGGCUCAACGUACGACCAUGGGUCACAAAACAUCAUCACAUUCAAUGUCUGAAUCGAAUGUUCACACGCAAAAGCCAGUAUAGAAUUAACGAAUUCUACGCAAAAGUGCUGCUCGGUGAACCGAAUAUGCAUUCAGAUUUCUCGCGAUUUGCUCGUUGGUUGACUGGUAAUUCGAUUGGUUUGGUGUUGGGUGGCGGCGGUGCUCGGGGAGCUGCGCAUGUCGGGAUGAUAAAAGCCAUACAAGAUGCAGGAAUUCCAGUUGAUAUGGUUGGCGGUGUCAGUAUUGGAGCAUUUAUGGGAGCGCUAUACUGCUGUGAGCGAAACACAACGACUUUAACACAGAAAGCCAGAGAAUGGUCCAAGAAAAUGACACAAUGGCAUCGUCAACUACUGGAUUUAACAUAUCCCAUAACCUCAAUGUUCACUGGAAAAGGUUUUAACGAAACAAUCGUCGAUACAUUUGGUGAUGUUUACAUUGAAGAUUUGUGGAUCCCAUAUUUCACAUUGACCACAGAUAUUUCGGCCAGUUGCAGUCGCAUACACACAAAUGGCUAUCUUUGGCGUUAUGUUCGAGCCAGUAUGUCCAUUGCUGGCGUUUUUCCACCACUUUGUGAUCCCAAAGAUGGUCAUUUGCUGAUUGAUGGUUGCUACGUUAACAACUGCCCAGCCGAUGUAAUGCUGAAGUUGGGUGCAGCGCAUAUAAUAGCCAUCGAUGUUGGAUCACAGGAUGAUACCGAUUUGAGCGACUAUGGGGACAGUCUUAGCGGGUGGUGGCUUCUUUAUAAAAAAUGGAAUCCAUUUUCAACGCCGGUCAAAGUGCCAAAUUUACCUGACAUUCAAUCUCGUUUGGCAUACGUUUCAUGCGUACGACAGCUUGAGGAGGUGAAAAAUAGCGAUUACUGUGAAUACAUUCGACCACCAAUUGAUCGAUAUAAAACACUGGCAUUUGGGAGCUUCGACGAAAUAAAAGAUGUUGGAUAUAUUCAUGGUCGCAAUUGUUUUGAUGCCAUGGAAAAAUCAGGACGUCUGGGCCGCUUUAAUAAGUGGUUCAGCAAAGAAUUACCAAAGAAACUUCCGAAUUCACUUAAUGAAUAUUCAUUCAUCGAUUUGGCACAAAUCGUUUGCAAAGUACCUGAACGUGUACGAGUUGAGCAGAUAUCAACAUCAUCAUCCGAUGAAGAAUUCGAUGGUUACAUAUCAGAGCCAUCAAAUUUGGUCUUAGAGGAACCAAUACGUGUUGACCGAACUGGUGGAUCGUUGUCGCUGUCUGAAAAUGAUUUUGAUUCAGACGAAUUAGAUAUGUCAUUAACUUUUAAAAUACCAGCAAGACCAAAGAAACUGAAAGCGCACCACCUGAAACAUUCAUCAUUGCAAGCGAUACCAAGGACACCGAGUCUAAAUUAAUGUUCAAACCUCCAAAAAUGUGAAAUGAAAUCAUCGAUUUUUUUUUCUCAAAGUUUUUGUUACUUUGUAUUCAGAAUUCUAUAUUUUUUUUAUAAAUACAAAUUGUUUUGACACAGAAACAAUAAAAGAAAAUCUUUUAAAACAUGCAGAAAUUUAAA